AUGGCCGCUACCUCCCGCCCGAAGCUGCUCGCGGGCAGGAAAGUGCUGCUUCUCGCUGAUUUUCAGUUCGAGGACCUCGAGCUCAUGUACCCGAAGAUGCGGCUCGAGGAGGAGGGCGCCGAGGUGAGUGUGAUGGGUGCGCAUCCCGCCGGGAUAAAGUACACCGGCAAGUACGGCUACCCAGUCAAGAGCGACCUCUGCGUGGACAACAUGUCCACGACGGAUGCGGUCGCGUCGUACGAUGCGCUGCUCAUUCCAGGCGGCUUCGCGCCGGACUACAUGCGGCGAAACCAGGCGAUGCUCGACCUCACCGUCGCGAUGGCCGACGCCGGCAGGGUCGUCGCGAGCAUCUGCCAUGGCCCUUGGAUGCUCUGCUCGGCGCGGCGGACGGACGGCUCGCCCCUCGCAAAGGGUAUCCGCGCCACCUGCUUCUCCGCCUGCAAGGACGACCUCAUCAACGCCGGCGCCCAGCGGUGGUGGACGGCGUCUUCUUGCCGAGCCGGUGGCCCGUUCAUCACCGCGCGCACGCCCGCAGACCUCACGCCGUUCUUGCACGCGAUCAUCGAUGAGAUGGCGAAAUAA